GGAGCGCCCCGAAUCCGCUUAGAAGUGGCGGUUGUUUCAACAUGGCGAUUGCCGCAGAGGAAGGAAACAAAUCUGGGAUAUUUUGGAUCAAUGACACAUCAGACGAAGAUCAACCAAUGGUAUUUGUCCCAGGUGUGAGCAGGAAACCUGGCCUAAGACUAGGCUCAGGGUGCACUGAAGAGGGGAAGAGCAGAGUACAGAUGGGGUUAGGCCAUGAGAGAGGAACCAGGAGGGGGCAAAGCCAGCAGUCGUCCCGUUCUGCCCUCUCCUCUGUGGGGAAGUCAUCAACAAAAACAACCCCCUCUACAAGACCUGAUUCAGCUAAAGCCAGGUCUCCAGCUCCAACCCACAGACCUCCUGAGGAUCCACUUGGCUCACCACAAACGGCCCCUGUUAAGACCAAGCCCUCGCUGAAGGACCUCUGUCCAGAAGACAAGCGGCGUAUCGCCAGUCUCAUCCAGGAGUUGGCCAGAGUGAGUGAGGAGAAGGAGGAGUCUGUACAGAAGUUGAAAGAUGAGCACGAGACGUUUGAGAGGAAGAUCCUGGAACUGGAGCAGCAGAACCAGCACAUCGUGCACGAAAGGGAAGGCCUGCGGCAGCAGUACAGAGAAUGUCAGGAGCUGCUGUCUCUCUACCAGCAGUACCUCACCCAACAGCAGGACAAACUCAACCAGUCCAUCGCCGAGCUCAACCAGGCCCGCUCCCACACCAAGGCCUCCAGAAGCGAGAGGUCGACCCAUCGGUCUCGCUCGACGAAGGCCGGGACGCUGGAAGGUUCCUAUCUGGACCUCCCCUCCCCUAGGGACACACCCAGUACCGGCGCUCCUGCUGCUGCUGUCCCCAUGGCCCACGCCCGCUCCCUGCUGGCCAAUCACGGCCGCUGCCCCCCAGCCACCCCCACGGCCCCCCUCUCCUCCACGGGGUCCUCCGUGAGCGACCGCAAGCCCAGAUCGGCCGCUCGUCCCAGGAGAGAGCACUGUUCCUGCUCCCAUGCCCAACCAGGGCCAGUAGCCAGCGCGCCCCAGGGGCCAGACAGGGGAGCAGAGGAGGGAGAGCAGCGGGGAGGUGAGGUGGCGGGUGGUUCGGCGGCGCCUCCUCCUGGCUGGGAGGACUGGGAGGAGCGUCGCAGGCGUCUGGUGGAGCAGAAGAGGCAGCUGGAGGAGGAGAGGGAGCGGCUGCAGCAGAGGCUGGCCCAGCAGGAGGACAGGCUGAGCCAGCAGCUCCAGGAGACACGCCUGCUGAAUGACGGGCUCCAGCAGACAGACACAGCCGGGUUGGAGAAGCAUCUUCCAAAUGGCGGCUUGCUGAACCAGCCGCCUCUGGUCAAUGGCUAUGGACACACACACAGUGAUGAGAGGGGGAAUGCAUCCCAUCUUGCAGUCGCUGCUGAAGUUCUUCUGGCUGGGGACACAAACACAGUACCUCCCAAACACAUGUUCUCACAAGAGCCCCCACUCCUGACCAAAACGGACAUGGCCACCUCUCCUGCUGUCCCUCAGAGCACCCUCCUCAUGCCCUCUUCUGCCCCCACCAUGCCCUCCUGCCUCCCCUGCACCCCACGCCAGCCCCGCCGUGCCAGUCCCAACUCCUCCCUGAUCGAACUGCUGGAGAUCUUCAGCCCCGUCUCCCUGAUGGAGGUUCCCGGCCCGCGGGGCCUCGCCAGCGCCCUCCGGCCCCACCGCCACGGCCUCCGCCUCCUCACCCCGGCCGCACGCUCCUGUCUGCCCCCCCAGGACCCGGAGGAGAGCCAGAUUCUGGAGGACAUCUUCUUCAUCUGCUGAGCAUCGUACUGCACACACACACACACACACACACACACACAUGCAAAUACAUGCUAACAGACAUGCACGCAUAAACAGAAAGCCCCAGCGGAAGGACCGUGUCUUCAACUGUAAUAGUUGUAAUAGCAGCCGCUGUCAGUAGCUUUGACUUGAUUUGGUCAUGAAGGGGCCAUCUGUGCCAAUGCCGGGGUGGUGAACCAUAUGGAGAUUAGAG